CGGCACCGAUGGCUCCUGCGGGCGGCAGCGGCAGCUCAGCGGCGGGGAAGAUGGCGCCGUCGCACGUCCUCAAAUGCUGCCAGAGGGUGCUGGCGUGGGUGCCCGUGGUCUUCAUCGCCCUGGUCGUGGCCUGGUCCUACUACGCCUACGUGGUGGAGCUCUGUGUGUUUACAAUUACCUCAAUUGGAGAAAAAGUUGUCUACCUUGUGAUUUUUCAUCUGUCAUUUGUUAUGUUUGCGUGGUCCUAUUGGCAGACUAUUUUUACAUCUCCAGCCUCCCCCUCCAAUGAGUUUGGCUUAUCAAAAACUGAUAAGGAACAAUAUGAAAAAGAAGAGAGACCAGAAUCUCAGCAGGAAAUUCUAAGAAGAGCUGCUAAAGAUCUGCCCGUCUAUACGACAACAACCUCAAGAGCUAUUAGAUACUGCGAUAGAUGCCAGCUAAUAAAACCUGAUCGAUGUCAUCAUUGUUCUGCGUGUGACCUAUGUGUACUGAAAAUGGAUCAUCAUUGUCCUUGGGUGAAUAACUGCGUGGGAUUUUCCAACUACAAGUUUUUUCUCCUCUUUUUAUUUUAUUCCCUCCUGUAUUGUCUGUUUGUUGCUGCUACGGUUCUUCAGUAUUUCAUAAAGUUUUGGACACUUUGCCGCAGGAAAUCUGCUGAGAAUUGUCCAAAGAAUGAACUUCCAGACACCCGUGCAAAAUUCCAUGUACUUUUUCUAUUCUUUGUGGCUGCCAUGUUCUUCAUCAGCAUACUGUCAUUGUUUAGUUACCACUGCUGGCUAGUUGGUAAAAACAGAUCAACAAUUGAAGCUUUUCGGGCACCAAUGUUUCGAAAUGGGCCUGACAAAAAUGGUUUCUCUCUUGGCUGUCAAAAAAACCUAAAAGAGGUUUUUGGAGAUGAAAAGAAAUACUGGUUGCUCCCUAUUUUUACAAGCUUAGGAGAUGGUUGCAGCUUUCCAACACGUCUGGUGAUUAUGGAUCCCGAGCAGCUCGCUGUCUCAAGCCAACAUGAAACCGUUAAAAGCUCUUCUACUAGUCAGCCAUUUCCUACUAGGCCACUCAGCGAAUCUCAAAAUCGACUGCUCGCCAGUGAUAACCAGUGGGUAGAGGUCAGUUCAGAAGAUGAAACUGUUAAAUCAGGUGUAAAAAAACAUAUUAUAGUUUCAUUGGAGAGCUGAUCUUAUCUCAGUAUCCAUUUCUUUCAGAGAAGGAAAAAUGAUUUCUACAAUACAUUUGUGCUUGGAUAUUAUUUUUUUAAGGAAGACACCAAUAAAUCAAUGGAACAGUUCCAGCAUGUUAACAAGACACGGAAAAUGACAUUGUUGAUGGUAUCCAGUGGAUGCUUAUAAGCACUUCCGGUGCAGAAAGUCUGAUGCCUUAAGAUUCGUGACGUGCAUUUUUGCAACAUGGACAUAAGCUAUUACAAGGGCCAAAUUCUCAAACGCCCUGCGAGAGUCUGCAAGACUCCAAAGUGCAGAAACUAUGCAUUCCAACUGCACUGUGGCAGUGACUUGAUUCUGCAAACUUCAUGUGUGAAGCAAUGCCAUGCUGGUAUCAUUACUUUCGUAACAGUUCUGUGGAAGAAAAGUGCGGUAGGAAAGGGUAAUCAUAUAGUUUACUAUAGCAUUUCACCAUUAACAUUCCAAAAUACAGUUAUAUGUGGCUCAAUCAUCAUCUGGUGGACUACUGAUAUUUGGUACUUCCUUCUCCCCCCCCCCUCCUAUAACCAUCAUGAGUUAACCAGUAGUAAUGGUACAGGUGUUGUAAAGCAGCCAGUCGAAAACUAUGACUUUCUAACUUUCUCUGAUAAUCAAAGUCCUUUUCUUUCAGACUUGAUUUGUUGCAAUACAGUGUUGUUACAACACUGUACAGUAUUAGAGAAGCAAGGUUUCUUACUCAGCUCAUUAGCCAUUUGAAGCGCUAAUUGAGAAAAUUAUUUUACUGAGCAAUUUUGGACAUUAUUUUUAAUCUCUAGGAAACAUGGGUAAGUGAUGUUCACCCUUCCCAUUUUAGAAUGUUUAAUAAUUGCGGGUUUUAUUUGUUAGCAUUUUUGCCUGAUAUCCCCAAUAAAUAUAUUCUUUCUGAAGUCUGCAGGUUAUUCAGCCAUGAACAGAAAUCAUUCCUUUCUUUUUCUUCCUGUUCUUGCUUUUUUAAAAUAGAAAAUAAUCUGGCAUGAAAGUGUUAUUGAGGGAUUGGAUUUCAUAACCCUCUGUACUAGGAACAUUGAGUGAACUAGGGAAGGAACUGGAGAAAGGGGACCUUGUUCACAGCCGUCUGCUUUCAUUGUUCAAGAUUCCCCGUCUUUUCUAUCUCUCUUUGAUCUUGGAUCUAAUCCUAUCCCUUAUCAAUAAAUACUGGUGUAUACUUUCAGUACAACGGUAAAUGAUUACAUUAAUCUGUUAGAGCAGGGGUGUCAAACUCAGGUUAUCACAGUGGCAUCACGUGACAUAUCAGGACUUUUUCCCCCUCGCGAA